AUGCCAUCUAGGAAUGGGUGGAAGUGGGGGUGUUUAGGACUUUUGGAAUUUUCCGUUUCUUCAAAUCUUAGGGCGGGGCACUGGGGGCUAGUUGGGUUAUAUAAGGGACUUAUAUGGAUUAGACUAUACCUUUUAACCCGGAAUUAUGUAUAUUUCCUUUUCUCAAAAGAACUUCUUCUCUUUGUUGAGGAUGCAUGGUCUGGGAUACAAUGCACGGGCACGGUUAUCUGCAGGUUAGUUUUCGUUGGAAAGGGCAGUUUGACUCUACUUAUACUUGGAAAUAUGAUGGAUUGA